UCCAAAUGGUGGAUUUUCCAGCAUAAAACAAGUAGCUCCUCCCGCAUGAGUUCACUCUGAGCUUCUAAUCCACGAUGAUUUCGUUUCUUAUAGUACUCAUCCCAAUGGUGACUUCAACUGCCCUGGAACCCCUCCCGGAUAUCGAUUCCGCCACUAAUCUUCUCUGGCAAGCAACGACGGCCCUCGUAACCAGCGAUGACUUUGGCGACAAAGCGUACACCGUUUUCAUAAGCUGGGUAUCAACAAACGAUCGCACCAGUGGAAAUGUCGCGGAGCUGACCAAUCGCGUCUUGAAGUCGCUAUCCGGCCAGGUAGCGCUGGAGGUCAUACAUGGACUUUCCGUCAAAACUCGCCGGCCUCGGGGCUUUAAUCUGUUCAUCGUAGAUGGGGAGCAAGCAUUCGACGAAAUCUACGCAACGAUCUGCUCGAAGCUGUACAACUUUGCCGGAUAUUACGUGGUGAUCGUGCUUGGUAAUGACUACGCUGAUGAACAGCUGAUCGCAUACCGGAUCCUACAGCAGAUGUGGCGUUUCUACGUGGUGAACAUCAACAUACUGUUUGCUAGAGGUCUGGUGGACCCGGAAGCUCACAUGUACACGUACUUUCCAUUCUCUGCACGCUUCUGUGAAGAGGUUCGACCGCUGAUUUGGAACGUCUUUCGGGAGAAUCGCUUCUUAAGCUCCAGGAAGCACUUUCCAGAGAAGCUGCAUAACUUUCAUAGCUGCCCACUGACUGUAGCGGUUUACUCGUACGCGGCGUUCAUGCAGCUUCAGUACGGAGCACGUGGUGAGAUCGCUUCGCUUGAUGGAGUAGAUGCAAGGUUGCUUAGGUAUUUGGCGAUGACGCUGAACUUUACGUACGUCCCGAUGGAAGUGCCGAACGGUCUUCGGUUUGGGCUAAUUUACGAAAACGGUACCGCUACAGGGGCUAUGCAGAUGGUAAUAUCCGGCGAGUCAAACUUCACGUUGGGGUUCUUUGGGUACAAUCUGUUGCGGCAUCGAUACAUGUCAUUAAGUCAUAACUAUCAUUACUCCCAACUUGUCAUGGUCGUGUCUCCUGGUGAGGCGUAUGGAUCAUUCGAGAAACUUCUGCUUCCUUUCGGUGGCGCAUUGUGGCUUGUGUUCAUUUUCUGGCUUGCCGGUAGCAUAUUCGUGAUCAGUGUAAUCUACCGAACAAGCUUAACUAUACAGAGGUUUGUGUUCGGUUAUCGUAUCCGAACGCCGACCCUCAAUCUUUUUAACAUUUUGUUUGGAGGAUCCCUCUCCAGAUUACCCGGUCGCAACUUUGCCAGAUUCCUGCUGAUCAUGUGGAUCAUUUACAGCUUGAUCUUUCGCACUGUUUACCAGCAGGCUUUGUUCAACUUUCUCCAUCAGUCCCCAAAUCACUCCUCAGUGUGUACGCUAACGCAGCUCAUAAACGAACACUAUCCAAUUUACCUUAUCCCAAGCGAAGUGUACGUCUUCGAUAAUAUGCCGGAGCUUCAACAGCAGAUUCGUAUUAUCUCUAGUGCAAACAUCCCGCAGUAUGAUAACGCCAUCCGCUGGGGACAGCUGCGUGGUUCCCGAGUGUCCAAUUACGAAAAGGUCCUGUACGACAACUCUAAAUUUACUGACGGACGUUACUUUCGGAUGGUCCGGCAACGGCUGUACAACUAUGCGCUGAGUGUCGCCAUGCGAAUCAACUCUUGCCUGACGAAGCCGUUUGAUGAUACGAUUCUGGAGCUGAACGCCAACGGUCUGGUGCAGGCUUGGGUCAAGAAGUAUAUUGACAGGAAAUAUGCAAGCGUUCCGGAACCGGUGGACGAGCUGCGGAAGUUAAGUGUUGGUCAGCUGACAGGAGCGUUUCAGGUUUGGAUGAUAGGGUUGGGCGUUGGAAUUCUGGUGUUUGCUAUUGAAGUGGUGAAGGGAUUUUUCGAAUGCAAUUGAUUACCGUUGUUCAAUGUGUUGUAACUAUAAUUGUACUCAAUAAAGACACUUCUUGUCAGCAAAAAACUCUACAGCUUUCCGGAGUGCAGGUACCUUCUGCGACGCAAGUUCUAUCA